GCCGUUCUCGUGUUUCCUCCCUCCUCGUCGUUGGCCACCCUUCUCUCUCUUGUAUACCCCUUCUCGCCUUUGGAUACACACCUUAUAAACUGACCACAAUGUCCUAUUUGCCAAAGACACCCUCACGCCACCAUCGGUCUCGUUCAGAGACCAAGACGCCUCUCACACCCUCACUGGUGACCGGCCUAAACUCUCUGAACUUUGGCACGUCGGGCCAGUCACCGACGAAGUCUAUGUAUACGAAAAAGAGUCAAGCAGACCUGACAAAUCCAUUUAUCGCCAGUCAACCUGCGUCUCCAGUCAAACGAUCCACGAGUCCUAUCAAGAGAGUAACCAAUGCCAGUUCCGGAAGCAUCCCUGUCUCAAGGAGCCUGCAGAGACAAGCUAGUUCGGGGUUAAUCAGGAAGGGUGGUAUUGAGAGUCGGUUGGAUGUUAUUACGAGGGAUUAUGUGCCACCAAAUCCGCCAAAGAGCGAGACGAAGCGGUCAAAGUCACAACCUGCGAGAGACACAAGAGAUCGAUUUAUUACUACACGAGAUACUACGGACGACGUUACGGCAGCACUGGACAUGAUGACUUUGAACGCCGAGUCAAGUUCACCAGGACAUACCGCACGGCUGGCUGCAGCUACAGGUGUACCUCUUGGCCGUCGUAUUCUCGCAUACCAUCAACCUCCUCCCGCAUCGACAUCUGACAGUUUGUUGUCGCAGCAACGUGAACUCGUCCGUCCGUUAUACGCUCGACCAGGAGCUUUACCUACCUCCACGUCCUCCACUACGAACAAGACACGGAAGAUUUCCAGUCAACCGGAGAGGGUUCUAGAUGCGCCAGGCAUUGUGGAUGACUUCUACUUGAAUCUGCUGAGUUGGAGCUGUCUGAAUGUGCUCUCGGUUGCGCUUGGGGAGAACACAUACGUUUGGAAAGCCGACAGCGGAGAAGUGGUACAUCUGGGUGAAGCGCCUGAAGGAUCAUAUGUGUCUUCAUUGGACUUCUCGAACGAUGGUCAAUUCCUGGGCGUUGGCAUCGGAUCGGGUGAGGUUGAACUGUGGGAUGUUGAGACACAAACGAAACUCCGCACUAUGGUCGGUCAUUCAAGUCAAGUCGCCUGUCUGUCUUGGAACAAGCAUUUGCUCAGUUCUGGUUGUGGCGAUGGCAGUAUCUGGCACCAUGAUGUCCGAGUUGCCCGACAUAAGGUCGGUGAGUUGACUGGACACCAAGGAGAAGUCUGCGGUCUGAAAUGGCGCAGUGACGGAGAACUGUUGGCCAGUGGCGGUAAUGAUAAUGUCGUGAAUGUCUGGGACGGACGUGUGGGAGACGUUGCACCUGGAGCGAGAGGCGUUGCACGGUGGACGAAGAGAAAUCAUACGGCUGCCGUGAAGGCAGUUGCAUGGUGCCCGUGGCAGCCAUCGCUUCUAGCGUCUGGAGGAGGGACUUCUGAUGCGACCGUACACGUUUGGAAUACAACAACUGGAGCACGGCUACAUUCGUUGGCGACGCCAUCGCAAAUUACCUCGAUUCAGUGGUCACCGCACCGGAAAGAAUUCCUGACGACACAUGGGUACCCCACGAACGCCGUCAUGAUUCACAGCUACCCAUCACUGGAGAGGGUGAUUGAAAUACGAGACGCACAUGACUCGCGAGUCCUGUGGAGCUGUCUGAGCCCUGCGGGGGAUGUGGUGUGCACGGGUGCGGGAGAUGAGAACCUGAAGUUCUGGAGGGUAUGGGAAGUUCCGAAGGCGAAGAAGACGAAGGAGAGCAAGGAGAGUUACCGGUCGAGCACAAAUGCGAACAUCCUGAGCAUUCGAUAAGGGUGGAAUGUGUUUGUAAGAUAUGUUUUGAUGAUCCUGUGAUGUUUUCUGAAUGGAUGGAGUAUGUUUUUGCGGCAUC